UAGACAAACAGCAUUACCAUCUUAAAUCUUUAUGUUAAGCUUUAGUUGUGUAUAAUUAGGAUCUCGAAUCCACCUUAAAUGAUCUGAGUGUCAUCCUGCAGAUGAAAGCGAGGAUGAAUGCAUGGACCGAUGCACGGAUUGAUGUGUAAAUGCAUGGCUGUAUGGAAACAGGCUUCAGCAGGUGUGUUUUGUGCAUGUCUCAGUGGUCCGUUCUUCAGCGUUCUGGUCGCUGUAUUCAGGACCGUCGCUACGGACUUUACGUAAGAUAUUGCGUUGGGUGCAGCAUCCGUCCCUCUGUACGGCCACGACGCGCACGAUCUGCCUGCAUACACUUAGAAAAAUGCGCCAGUAGGUUUGUACGCCUCAUACACCGGAUAAACAAAUUACAUUCGAUUUUCACACUUUACGGCGAACGAUUGCAUCGUAUUUGUUCCAGCAGUUUUAUGAUCUGUUAACUAUAUAUUCACCGUUAUUCACCGUGUCGGCGCGCACUGACGCGCUCCGGAUCUGUGAGAGACACCAAAUCAACGGGGGAAAAAAAUCAUUAGAAGAAGAUCCGUCGUGGAGAAAGGAAAAGGCUUCCACAUGGUUAUGAUGUGUAUGAUUCAUUAGAAGUGGAUCCGGAUGAUGAUGGAUGCAUGAGAGAAGAACGAUUUUUCCUGAUGUAAGACAACGAGCGCGUUUACACGCACAAUCCUACUCUGGUUUUACUUAUGUAUUUUCUUUCAGUAAGCAAGACCAGUGCUGACUGUGAUGAUUCUGAGCAGAAGACUCCCGUAGCAGCAUCCAGUUCUGUUGAAGACUGUGUGGAUUACACUUUGAUGCCACAAGAUACCUGAUUCCACAAGUUAAUCGAAAGGGGCAGGACAUGACUCAGUUGCCAUGCAGGCUGCUAUUGUAACAGGCUUUUUCAGCCCCUCCCCCCUCAUCUGGUUGGUCCAGCUUUUGUUGUGGCCACACCUCCUUGGACCUAGAUUGGCCGAAGCCAGUCCUGCCUGCCCUUCUCCCUGUAGCUGUUCCAAUCAAGCCAGUCGAGUGAUCUGUACCAGAAAAGGCUUAAAUGAAGUUCCACAGAGUAUCUCGUCCAAUACUCGAUACCUCAACCUCCAGGAGAACUCCAUACAGGUGAUCAGGUCAGACACCUUCAAGCACCUAAAUCAUCUGGAAAUCUUACAGUUGUCUAAGAACCAGAUUCGUCAGAUAGAAGUGGGAGCUUUCAAUGGCCUUCCCAAUCUUAUCACCCUGGAGCUUUUUGACAACAGACUACCACUGGUACCAUCACAGGCGUUUGAGUACCUGAGCAAGUUGCGUGAACUCUGGCUAAGGAACAACCCCAUAGAGACACUCCCGGCGUACGCCUUCCACCGCGUGCCGUCCCUGCGACGGUUAGACCUUGGCGAGCUGCGCAAACUCAGUUUCAUCUCAGAGGCUGCGUUCGAAGGGUUGCUGAACCUACGUUUCCUGAAUCUGGGCAUGUGUGGGCUUAAGGAUGUACCCAACUUAACGCCUCUCGUGAGGCUAGAGGAACUGGAGCUGUCCGGAAACCAGCUGGGAGUGGUGCGUCCCGGAUCUUUCCAAGGCCUGGUGUCUCUACGCAAACUGUGGCUCAUGCACUCUCGGAUAUCUGUCCUUGAGAGGAAUGCCUUCGAUGACCUCAAAAACCUAGAGGAGCUCAAUCUGUCCCAUAAUUCUCUGCAUUCGCUGCCCCACGAUCUCUUCACUCCACUGCAGCAGUUAGAGCGUGUCCAUCUGAACCACAAUCCUUGGGUUUGCAACUGCGACGUUCUGUGGUUGAGCUGGUGGCUUAAAGAAACUGUGCCUGAUAACUCCACUUGUUGUGCACGUUGCCAUGCCCCACCAGGUACUAAGGGCAGGUACAUUGGUGACCUCGACCAGCGAGACUUCACCUGCUACGCACCUGUGAUCGUGGAGCCACCCACCGACCUGAACGUGACGGAGGGAAUGGCAGCCGAGCUGAAAUGCCGCACUGGGACAUCCAUGACUUCCGUUAACUGGCUGACCCCCAAUGGAACCUUGAUGACCCAUGGAGCAUACAAGGUCCGGAUCUCGGUCCUUCAUGAUGGAACCCUGAAUUUCACCAACGUGACCAUGCAAGACACCGGGCCCUACACCUGUAUGGUCACCAAUUCUGCUGGCAACACCACAGCAACUGCUGUGUUGAACGUCUCUGCACCUGACUCAGGCAAUGGCUACAGCUACUUCACAACUGUUACCGUUGAGACUGUAGAGACUGGGCAAGAUGGCCACGGUUCGGCACGGCAGUUUGUCAAUGAAACGUUUAUUAGUUUUCCAGGCCCAACGGCUGCAUCUGCAUCAGUGGGUCCCACUGGCUCGAUGCUGUCCUCCUUGUCGCCUCGAGCCACGCGUGCACCCGAUCGCCCGUUCACGGUCUCCAUCACGGACGUCGCCAACUUGUCGGGUCUUGAGGAUGUAAUGAAGACGACCAAGAUUAUCAUCGGCUGCUUUGUGGCCAUCACCUUCAUGGCGGCAGUGAUGUUGGUCGUCUUCUACAAGCUUCGCAAGCAGCACCAACUCCACAAACAUCACGGCCCGGCUCGCGCCAUCGAGAUAAUCAACGUCGAGGAUGAGAUCGGAUCUGCCGGUGGAGCUAGCGGCAUCACGGGAGGGAGCACCGUCCACAUGGGAGCAGGAUCUGGUGGAGGAAGUGGGCAGAGUCAGAGAAAUCAUGAUCCUGAGAUCAUGACCCUGCCAAGCGUUGGGCAAGCAGACCACCUGAACCACUACUACAAACCGCACCACUUUAACAACAACGUGCUAGGCUUGAACAUGCCCUCUGGAAUGCUCAACAACAAACCCAACCCUUCCUCCCAAAACCAGGCUUCGACCAUGAAAAUGGGGACUUCCGGUGAUCCCUCCAACCCUAGCUCGACCUCACCUCCCCUGCCAAUUCGCAUCCCAAUGGCGAUGACCAUCCAUGGAACUCUGAAAGGUCUUAGUCACGUUCCCAACAUGCAGACUGAGCCACUGUUGCUAUCGAAUGGCUCCAAGGAGAGCGUUCAGGAGACCCAGAUCUGAUUACCCUCGCAUACACGUGCACACGCAGGAAGGGAAGUAGACUGACUUUUAAGGCAGUGUGACUGUCGAGUCUCUGCGGUCUUUGACUUUUGGAACUCCAUCCCUUUCCAACAGAUUAUAUGGAAUAUUCCGUUCGAUGGAGAGAGAGACAGGCUUUUACUAAUGAAGUGGACAAGGCACUGUUGAGUACAUACGUGCCAAAGCAAGCCUCUUUUUUGCAGUUCUUAUGAGUUGUGUCCGCAUAUAAAAAAAAAAAAAAAUAGUCUAUAUUGAAGUAGUGUAAUUACUUAAGUGUUGGUUUACCACAGUCCAGCGACACCGAGUACACACACCGAUGUACAGCAGCUAACGGACCUGUAUAAAAGCAUACACACAUUUACACUUCCCAGAGGUUGACAUCAUUAUACAUUGUACUCACCUCGGUAGGUAGUGUACCUGUGUGUGUGUGUGUGUGUGUGUGUGUGUGUGUGUGUGUGUGUGUGUGUGUGUGUGUGUGUGUGUGUGUGUGUGUGUGUGUGUGUGUGCGCGUGUGUAUGUGUGUGAGUGUGUGUGUGAGUGAGUGUGUGUGUAAAGGACAGUAUUACCUGAGACUAAUUCAGAAAUAAAGACUUAAACUGCUGUGAUCCA